AUGGCUACCCCCAUGGGCGAUCCCGCAAGGGACCCUCGUCCCCCCGAGAACCCCUGGAAAAAUCUCGACCUCCCACCAGAGGCAUUCGCUGUCAAUGGCUCACUUGUUCGAGAUCUCUGCUUCCCCGGUCCAGCAUCCCCUGUCGUACCAUCGUAUUACUUAGGCCCCAUUGGCACUAGUAUUGGCUUUGACAUCGUACCUACCACCGUUCUCGUACUGGCUAUCUGUGGCCCAGUCUCAAUAGCACAGUCGGUCCUCACCGCAAAUUUCUUUUUCGUGUUUCCUUUGUUUGAGUGCCCGACUGUGGGAAUCCCCACUCCUGCUCCCUCAAAAUGUAUCCCAGCCACCGCAGCUAUUCAGCGGUUGGUCACCGCCAGCCCGCCAAUUGCGGUAUCGUGA